AUGGAUUUUGACAAGAAAGGAGGGAAAGGGGAGUCGGAGGAAGGCCGGAGGAUGGCCAAGGCCGGCGGGAGCCGGAGCAGCCACGGUGUCCGCGGCUCGGGGGCCAGCUCGGGGGUCCUGAUGGUGGGUCCCAACUUCCGCGUUGGCAAGAAGAUUGGCUGCGGGAACUUCGGGGAGCUACGCCUGGGAAAGAAUCUCUAUACAAACGAAUACGUAGCCAUCAAAUUGGAGCCGAUCAAGUCACGCGCACCACAGCUGCACCUGGAAUACCGCUUCUACAAGCAGCUCAGCACUGCAGAAGGCGUCCCCCAGGUCUACUACUUCGGGCCGUGCGGGAAGUACAACGCCAUGGUGCUGGAGUUGCUGGGGCCCAGCCUGGAGGACCUGUUUGACCUGUGCGACCGCACCUUCACGCUCAAGACCGUGCUCAUGAUUGCCAUCCAGCUGAUCACACGUAUGGAGUACGUGCACACCAAGAGCCUCAUCUACCGGGACGUGAAGCCAGAGAACUUUCUGGUGGGGCGGCCGGGCACCAAGCGACAGCAUACCAUCCACAUCAUCGAUUUCGGGCUGGCCAAAGAGUACAUCGACCCCGAGACCAAGAAGCACAUCCCGUACCGGGAGCACAAAAGCCUGACUGGCACUGCCCGCUAUAUGAGCAUCAACACCCACCUGGGCAAGGAGCAGAGCCGCCGUGAUGACCUGGAGGCCCUGGGCCACAUGUUCAUGUACUUUUUGCGCGGCAGCCUUCCCUGGCAAGGGCUGAAGGCGGACACGCUUAAGGAGCGCUACCAGAAGAUCGGCGACACCAAGCGAGCCACACCCAUCGAGGUGCUCUGCGAGAACUUUCCAGAGGAACUGGCGGCCUACUUGCGCUACGUGCGGCGGCUGGACUUCUUUGAGAAGCCGGACUAUGAGUAUCUACGCAAGCUCUUCUCUGACCUUUUCGACCGUAGCGGCUUCGUCUUUGACUACGAGUACGACUGGGCCGGGAAGCCCCUGCCCACGCCGAUUGGCACGGUGCACCCUGACCUGCCUGCGCAGCCCCAGCUCCGUGACAAGGCCCCCCCGCACCCCAAGCACCAGGCGCUGAACUCCACCAACGGGGAGCUGAACGCAGACGACCCCACGGCCGGCCACUCCAACGCGCCCAUCACAGCGCCCGCCGAGGUGGAGGUGGCGGACGACACCAAGUGCUGCUGCUUCUUUAAGAGGAGAAAGAGGAAAUCACUGCAGCGACACAAGUGA